AUGUCCGAAGGCAACCCCAUUGCAGACCUCGGCCUGUCCUGCCCCGACGGCGGGAAGUUCUACAUCUGCAAGGACGCGGAGUACCGGUUCAUCGGCUGCUGCACCGAGAACCCGUGCGCGGACGGCACUGGUCAUUGUCCUCAAUCCGCCCUCCGCUAUUCCAGUUUCAACAAGGACGGCUACCGCGACAUCCCGCAGGAGAACUGCGUGGCACCUCACGACGAGAGCACCUGGUACACCUGCAAGGGUAUCAGUCCACCUUUUAUGGGAUGCUGUGCCUCGAACCCAUGCGAAAAUGACGGAUGCCCGGCCCAAGAUCUCCUCGCUGCCCGGUUGGACGACGAACCCACCAAUGCUGCACCUUUCCUGACGUCGACUUCAACAUCCUAUGCCUCAUCAUCGAGUGACAAUGACUCCGGGGGCUUGUCAACUGGAGACAUCGUCGGCGUUGCAAUUGGGAGCGUAGUGGCCGUGCUUAUUGUGGUCGGCAUCCUGUUCUUCAUGUACAAAAGACGAGAGAAGAGGAGGAGGGACGAGCUGGCAGCCAAAGCCCAGCCAAAUGCAGACGGAACGCCAGGUGUCUACAUGCCUAGUCCUUACCAAGAUUCUAUGGGUAGUCUCUCACACCCAGUGUUCCCGGGCUCGCCAUACAACCCGAACCAGUACGCAGAGCAUAAUUCCCUCGGAAUCGCCGGUUCGCCUGGCCAUGCUCCCUACCAGCGGCCAGCCUCUGCUGCCCCAUCCUGGCUCUCCGGACACACACAUACACCAAGCGAGCAUCCUUCAGUGAGCUCCGAUGGGACCCAUACCUGGAUGUACCAGCAGCCGCGACCAUACCUGAACCCCGUCUCUGAGAUCGACGGCACGGAAGCCUCAAGACCAAUGUCUGAGCUCGCGGGCUCCGCGCCACGGGGUCCCCCGAUAACAGCGUACAAGUCGGGGUAUGAAAAGGUUGCAACGGAUGUGGAUGAUCAUGAAGUUCGGGAAAAGAAAUAG